CCAACCAGAGAGAGGAGAGAAGGGUGAGAGUCAACAGACGAAGCGAGUCGAGGUAAAACGAGUCGACUCGAGUCGAAGUGGACUCUAACGAGCAUGGUAAAGAACGUCAGGCUAGAGAGAAAGUGAGUGAGCGUGCGUGCGUGCGAGCAAGCGAGCGCGCAACCAAACGAUAUAGUUCGAAAUAGUUGUGCACAAGUUGUGUAAACGGUGUUGGCACGCGUAGCUGAUCAAACCGAUCGAGAUUUGCGUGUGCUUUAACUUCAUCGUACUAUAACAUCGCCUUGUGAUCAAACCUUUCUACUUUCAACGCAUUCAACGGUAACAAGCAUGAUCCUUAGAAUUUCCUCCGUCUUGUUCCUCGUGCGUACACCAUUACACGAUCGUUCGACGAAGAAUACGCAGUGCAGAAACCAGAGCAAGUAGUUUACACCAGUGAGCGCAAUCUAAGGACAUUCGUGAUUUAUUUUGUCUUUGAAUUCUUUAACGCUAGACUAUUACUACAUCGUUAUGCCAUUCGCAUUUCUAAUAACGAUGGUUAAUCUGAAAUCAAAUAUCGUGUUUUCCUGUAACAGCAACGAAAUUAUAUUAGAAGAGUGAAAUAUCAAUAUUUCGAAGAAAGAAGAACUUUACUGUCGAAUACUUGUACACGCAUUCGUGUACAAUUUUUUUGCUAGCACAGCACCAAUUUUCUUUAUCUAGUGUACAUACAUAUGUGUAAGGAAACGUAUAUAUAUACAUGAAUGUUUUCCCUGUAAAAUUGUAAAAAAUCAUAACCAACGAUGUUGAAAACGUAUACUACCACUGUUAUUACUACGAGUUAAAUCGAAUUUGGAAUUUAAGAAACAUCGGAUUGGGAAGAUUUCCUCUUGCAGAAAUGCAAAUUCUAAUUGAAAUUUAGUCGAAACGAUACGGAAUCACGAAAAAUGAGACUGCUCACAUUUAUGGCCUGUUCGGUGCUUUUACUGUCUUUACUGCUACUCAUUAGCAUCGUGUCAUCGGCCCCUUCCUAUGAACAUGUUGCCCUUCAGGCUGCCGACCAAUGUGAUUGGAUUGGAAGCGGAGGUGGAGGCCGAGGUGUUCGACCAGUAUAUUUGCGAUGUUCCAGAGGAACGGUACUUUGGCGGUAUCCACGAGGAGCUUUACGAGUUGUUCUCUCGCCCCCUGUUUUAGCUGGAUUCGUAUCGAAAGUAAAUUACGGAAUGAAUCACGGAAAAAGCAACGUCAAUAAGAAAAACGACAGCUAUUGGAACGACAACGAUGACCCGUUUCAGUUAUCUGGUUUCCGUACUUGUACCAAGAUUUCAGGUCCAGUACGAGUAUAUCUGGAAACUCAUGGCAAACUUCGGUCAAUAUACUCGCCGAGGGACGGCAAAGAUAUAGCUUCACAUAGAUGUUUUCAUGCGAAAAAACAACCUGCAGCACUUUACAUAGAAGCGGAAGAAUUUAUGUCGGGUGAACUUCACAAUGCGAGAUUACAAUAUGAUUUAGAAGUACGGUACGUCGACAUUCGACAAGGAGUAUCGCAACGAUUUAAUGAUGAGGAAGAAGACUGUAGACCGUGCACUAUGGACGAACUAGCUAAGGCGUAUUGUCAAAGCGAUUUCAUAGCCAGAGGUACCGUAAGUGCUGUCCAGAAACGACCAAAUUUAGAAGCUGCCGAACUCGUCCUUAGAGUAACAAAAAUUUUACGUCGGAUCGAAGAGAAUGAGAGUAACAACGAUGCAGAUCCUAUCGAUUCCCAUGACCGUAAAAAUGUUCGUGUAAGGGUGCCAACUGCCUGUGAUGCACGUCAUGGCCAAGGAGAAUUUGUGAUAAUGGCUAAACGAAGACUCGGUGAUCUUGUUCUGGUCUGUGCACCGAGAAUAGAAACUUGGGCAAAAACAGUCCGCGAAUUGGAAACUGCACCGUGUGUUCUUCAAAGUUAGCACACCCAAGUUCCAAGAAUCACCUGUAAAUAAUUUAUUUUCCUAUUCUGCGUUGUAUGAAUAUCGAUCUCUAAACUGUGAUAUUGUUUUGUGGAAAUUUUAUCGUGAGAAAUACAUGACUCUUUAGCAAUAUAACUAACAAUUUCCAUCUAUCUCUGUUAUGAUUAUGCAUCCCGAAUUUUAACCGAGCAGUAGCAAUUAUCUGAACGUGUGUUUGGAAUUUUAAUCUAAUCAAUCGCCAAUCGUCAAUUUAGAAAUUUAAACGAUUAUGAAUACACUUCUAAUUCUUAUUUGUUUCAUAUAUUUAUACAAGAUUAAAAUUUUAAUCUAUAUGAGUUCACUUGCAUUACACAUUGAAACAUUAAUUUAACAGUCACAUUGUGAUAUGUACACAUACGAAAUAUUAGUAUAUCGCAGUGUAGAAAUAAUUUACAAUUAUUAUGCUAUGUUCGAAACUGAUAAAUAUGCGCGUUCGGUUUAUUUCAUAUUUCGCAAUUCUGACUGUGAAGUGAUCAAUUUACAAUCCUAUAUUAUAGUAAUGUUUAUAAAUAAUAAACAAAUUACUCUAUCGUUAGAUUUAUAUUGAGUUAUAUUACUUCUCAAUCAUCGAUAUCAUUGAUGCAAAAAUAAUCAUUGAUGUCGUUGAGACACUGUUGUUAUUAUUAAUAUUAAUAUUAUUAUUAUUAUUAUUAUUAUCACAAAUGAUACGUAUUAAGCCCUUUUUGUUUUACACGAUGUAAGCUUUACACAUUGCGAAAGCGAAGGAAUAACACGAUACAUGGUCCCAAAGAAACGAUCAAAAAUUUACAUAUUGGAAAGUUAUGUAAAAUUAAAAAAUUACGAAUCAAUAUUUUCAUAUGGUGU